AGAGGAGCCAGCAGUGUUUGCUAACAGCUGGUCAGUAGAUCUGCCCCAUGAGAGAGGCUGUCCUCUGGUGGACAUAGACUUCACUGGACCCUGUCACUCUGAGUCUGAUAUGGACGAUGCCAUAGAGAAGUGCAGUGCUCUCCUGUUCUUCCCCUUCCUGUCCUGUCAUGAUAACAUUGAUCCAAACCCCUACGUGGCCAGCUGUGUCGCCGACCUCUGUGUGUCUGAUGAUGAGGAGACGUUUUGUCGUGCGUUGGUGGAGUACACACGAGCCUGCAGCCAUGUAGGAUACCCUGUACGAGAGUGGCGAGACAGCUUCCCUUCCUGCAAUGAUGGUUGUGAGGAGAGUUUUGUCCAUAGAGACUGUAUUAGCUGCUGCCCUCCCACCUGUACCUUUGACAAGGAAUGUCUGGGAACCAACUUGCACUGUCUGGACGGAUGCUACUGCCCUGACGGGUUGAUUCUACAGAAUGGGACGUGUAUAGCAGUGUCUCAGUGUCCUUGUGUCUAUCACGGCACCUCAUACACACAGGGACACACUCUGGAGCAGGGCUGCAGCGUCUGUGUGUGUAUGGGAGGAGUGUGGAACUGCACAGAGAACAACUGUUCAGCGGAGUGUUCAGUAGUCGGUGAUGUGUUUGUGACGUCGUUCGAUGGGAGGAUGUUCCUGCAGCCGGGGGCGUGUCAGUACGUCUUGGUUAAGAGCCGUAUUGGCAACAGAUUCACUGUUACCGUUCAGUACACCGCCUGCACAGAGGCCCAGCAGCAGGCGUGUAUCCAGUCGGUGACAGUGGUACUGGAUGAAAAUGUUAGUCACCAGGUGACUCUGACCCGAGAGGGGGAGGUGCUUAUAGGGGUCAACCCCGCUCCCACCUUACCCUACACCGAUGAUGUAGUGGAGGUGCAGAGGCUAACAUCGGUGUUCGUCCAGCUGAGGACCUUGCUUGGACUGCGUCUGCAGUAUGACGGGCGUGGUGGGCGCGUCUACCUACAACUGGACAGCCAAUGGCGAGGGAACACGCUGGGCCUUUGUGGAACCUUCAACGGAAAUCUUCGGGACGACUUCCUUUCUCCAGCAGGGAUGAUAGAGGGGACUCCCCAGCUCCAUGCUAACUCCUGGAGGGUCUCAUCUGCUUGCUCCGCCCCCAUCAACCAGCCAAUCAUCGACCCCUGUGAGAUGAACCAGCACAACGUGUUCUAUGCCUCUCUAUGUGAGGUUUUGUUGGGGAGUGUGUUUUCUCCCUGCCAUGGUUACGUCAGUCCCAGUGUGUACCAGCAACAGUGUCGCUACCAGGCAUGUCGCUGUGGAAACACCUGUCUGUGUACGGCCUUGGCCCACUACACUUACCUCUGCUCCAAACACCAUGUUGCUGUCAACUACAGGGCCCACGUCUCAGAGUGUGGGGUGGUGUGUAUGGGUGGGAUGCUGUUCCAGUCCUGUGUGUCGUCCUGUGGCCGCUCGUGCCGCUCCCUCUCCAGCGGAGAGACCUGUAACCAUGACGACUGUGCUGAGGGGUGUGGCUGCACAGAGGGCAGUUACUACGAUGACAAACCGAUGGGUCUCAGUGUCAUUGUUACUCUAUUGGCGGGGUGUCCCAGCCAGGAGAGGUGUCCUUCAGCGCCGCCGGCCCUUGAGCCGGAGCGAGGCCAGUGUCCGGAGGGAAAGGUGUUCCACGGCUGUUCUGAGCCCCAGGGGGUCCAGGGGGUGGUGGCUUGGCGAGGAGGUGUGGCCUGUGAGCUCACCUGUCGGAACCUGAUGUUGAACCUCACCUGUCCUCCCACCACGCCCUGCAUAUCUGGCUGUGUCUGCCCACCUGGUGUGUGUCACCGGGGGUAUUUUAACUGUAAUUACUCUCCGUGUCCGGCAGUAUGUACGGUCUACAGCGACAGACACUACCACACCUUCGACGGCCUGGAGUAUGACUACCACUCGGACUGUCAGGUCUACUUACUCAAGAGUAUAGAUGGUGAGGUGUCCAUCGUGGCCCAGAAUAAGGAUUGUUAUCAGAGUGGGAUCGUCUGUAUGAAGAUGCUGGUCAUCCAUGUUGGAUUCACCAAGAUUUACUUCAACGACAACUCAGGCCAGCCUCGACCCCCACUGCCCACACGCUGCCACUUCCUGCCCCCUGUGGAGGGCUGUUUCCCUCCCGCCCCAAAACCAUGUUCUUUUGAUGAGGUCCACCAGGAGAUGUGUCUACACAGGGAGGACUGUGUGUCCCUACCUCCCAACUCCUACACCCUUUACGCCUUUCGGCAGCACCAUGCGGGUCACGACCCCGACCUUGGACCCCUGCAGUGGUCACUAAGAGUGCGUCUUGAGCACCUUUUCUCCCUGCUGGGCCCAGGGGUGACUGGGUCGAACCCAGCUGAUGACCUGCAAGCGCCUAACGGUGACGGGGAGGGAGGUGGCGGACCUGGGUCUGUUCCUGCAGGCCUGGAGGGGUUUCCACACCUCAGAGGACACGGAUACAUCAACGACGCCGGGGGACAAUCUUGUGAGAGUGACUAUGUGGUGAAGAGAGCGUGUGAAGGAGACCUGGGUAGACAGCCGUACGCCAAGAGAGAGUGUGCACUACUCUACAGUGACAUCUUUAUCCCCUGUCACAACGUGGUGAAGUUAGGUGAAGGACCGUUUUCGGUGGUCAGUGCUGUAUAUAACGCUACAGUCUUCGGUGUGAACAGAACCAGUGGGUCAGUGUUUCCUCUAGUUAGGGAGUUCGRAGGRGGGCUGCCUCCCCCUGGYCUACUCUURAACUUCAUGAUCACAGCAGGACUACAGAAGGACCGCACAUCACGUCUCCCGGUGGUCUCUCUGGAGUCAGCAGAGCGUCCUAACUACUUCCUCGUUGUGUCUGAGCGUACUGGGCUGCGGUUGGAGCAGUGGACCAGAGGGGAGGAGUUUGGCCACAGGGCUUCCUUCCUGCAGCACCAGGGGGUGUUCCUGCCUGGCCACACCUCUUUCGAGCUGAUUGGCCAGCCAGGAGUGUUCCUGACUCUGACACGCACGUCUGCACGAGCUCAGAAAUAUGACAACUCUGACAACUUCAAGACCAGCAGCUCCUUUACUCUGGAGGAGAGCAGUUUUGUGAUCCCGUACCGUAUGAUGUGUGAGUGGCGCUACCAUGCAUGUGCCAGUCCGUGUGUCCGUACAUGCAGCGACCCCACUGCCACACGCUGCCACUUCCUGCCCCCGGUGGAGGGCUGUUUCCCUCGCUGCCCCAAAAACAUGGUUCUUGAUGAGGUCACCAGGAGAUGUGUCUACACAGAGGACUGUGUGUCCCUACCUCCCACUCCUACACCCUACGCCUUCGUAAACCGAACGACCACCACCCCAACUACUACUGCUGUUAGGCCUACUAGUACUACUACUACAUCUAGGACCACUACUAGUAGUACCAGAACUACAACCAGUGCUGCCUCUACAACUGUUACUGCCACCAGAGCCCCCACUACACCCAGUACAGCCCACCUGACGGAGAGUUUCACUCCCACCCUUACCCCUCCUCGCUCCCCCUCUCCUCCUCCCCCUUCUCUGCCCGCACCCUCCACCCCCACUGUGACUGAGGACACCCCUUUACCUGCAGUCUCUCCCUCCAUCUCCCCCUCUCCCUCCGCCACCAUUACUAGCAGCACCACUGGGGUCACGACCCCGACCUUGACCCCUGCAGUGGUCACUAGAGUAACUAUGGAAACGCCAUCCCCUACUUCCCCCAGCCUGGUAGUGACCGAAUCUACCACUCCUCCUCUUCUCUCUCCUGCUUCUCCCUCUCGCUCUCCCCCUCCUCCCCCUCCUACUACCCCUCCCCAGCCUUCCAGCUCCCCCUCAGCUCCCCCUAUCUCCUCCCCCACUUCCUUUUCCCUUCCUCCCCCUCUCUCCUCCACCCCCACUCUGACCACCACAGAAACACACCGUCCUGUUGCUACGCCCACGGAGACUACCUCUGUAUUCCCAGUCAUUUAUGACACCUCCGUUACCAUGUCGACAUCACCCCCCGAGACGACGGAGUCCAUAACAACGGAAACAGCCACUAGCCCAGACUCCUCUCAUACACCUGAGGCAGUCAGCAUGCCGACAGUGCUGUCCCCCUUCCUCCUGCCCACCACCCCCUGCACACCCCCGUAUUCCUACCGUGUUGAUGAGUGUGCAGAACUGAUCUGUUUUAACGGGGAGCUGCUCCUCCAUAACUCCUCCCUCCACUGUCGGUACAACACUACUCCUCCUCGCUGCUCUCUGCUGGGCAUGGCUGUCCUCACCAACACCGACCCCUGCUGCCCGCUCUGGCAGUGCCCCUGUCGCUGCUCUGUGAUGUCAGACCUGCGUGUGAUAACGUUUGACGGUAACAACGUGGCGCUGUAUGAUAACGGCUCCUACAUCCUGGUCUACCUMCCCACAGAGAACAUCAUAGGAACAGUGAAUAAAUGCCCUACCAGCCAGAGCGUCAACUCCAUCAGACGACCUAGCCCUAGUGGUGGAACGUCAGGUCUGUGUUUCAAGAACUUGAACAUCACCACUCCCUCCUACAGGAUCAUCAUCAACCGUCUUGACCGCAAGGUGUCAGUGAACCACAUCAAGGCGCGGCUGCCUUUCUCCCGCCAGGCUCUGUCAGUAGAGGACACAGGCAGUAUGUACCUGAUCACCACUCCUGGAGGAGUCAACAUACAAUGGUACCACAGCACUGGCAUCAUGGUGCUGCAAUACACCGCRCCCUCCAAUACAUCUGCUCCUACUAGAGGCCUCUGUGGGUGUUGUGACGGGAACCCAGCUGAUGACCUGAAGCUGCCUAACGGUACGGUGGUGAGGGAGGUGGCGGACCUGGGUCUGUUCCUGCAGGCCUGGAGGGUCCACACCUCAGAGGACACGGAACACACACGACGCAUCGGGGACAACUGUACCACUGGAGACUGCUCCACCUGUCUCUCCAUGCUUAGACAGAGACCUUUCACUCCCUGCCACAGCAAGGUGUCUCCAGAGCAGUUCUGUGAUGUGAUGUGGGCAGGGGACCUCCACUAUAAGGCCCACCAGUGUGACUUCCUGGCAGCCUACGUAGCUGUCUGCUACACUUACCAAGUCUGCAUCAACUGGAGACGACACAACUUCUGCCCAUUGAGGUGUCCCCCAGGUAGGGAGUACCAGGCGUGUGUGUCGACCUGUACCACCCGGACCUGUCAGAACAGAGAGUUCUAUGAGGAGACCACCUGCUCCCACAUCAGAGAGGAGUGUGUGUGUCGCUCUGGAACCAUCCUGCACCGAGCAGACUCCACUUACUGCGUCACAGAGGAGCAGUGUGUGUGUACGGAUAACGAGGGGUCUCCGCGGGCCCCUGGGGAGGUGUGGAACGGGUCAUUGCGUGGCUGCUGUCUGUUCCGCUGCCUGGAGAACGGUUCUGUGGUGGCAGUAGAACCUGACUGCAGCUUUAGUCCCACUCCGCUGUGUGAGAGGGAGGGAGAGUACGUACUGGAUGUCCUGGAAGAGGGGGCCUGCUGUCCCAAGAAGAUCUGUGAGUGUAAUCUGACCAUCUGUGAGAGUGAGGCUCCGCCCUGUGAAAAUGGGAACCGACUGGUGAUUGGUUACAGUGCCUUGUCCUGCUGCCCAGAGUACCGUUGUGAGUGCGACCCCCAUGCCUGUCCCCCCGUCACCGCCCCUGACUGCAGAGAAGAUCAGUUCCUCGUGGAGGUCCGUGAGGACAACUCCUGCUGUUACUCCUUCCUGUGUGUGUGUGAGUCAUGUAUCGAGCCCGUGCCGGCCUGUUCCGAUGGCGAGAUAUUAGCUGUGAAUCUAAACACCACCAACAGCUGCUGCCCUCAAUACCACUGUGUGUGUGARGUGAACCUGUGUCCUGAGUCGUCUCUGACCUGCUCUCCUGGCCUGUCUUUGGUCCAAACCACCCACCCUGGACACUGCUGCCCCGACCACCGCUGUGAAUGCCAGUGUGAGGACAGCUCUCUCCCAGUCUGUCAGGUGGGGGAGGUACAGGUGGAGGUUCCAGACAGCAGAAGCAUCUGUGGCUGCCCCCGCUACACCUGCAAGAAGGCAGAGGUGUGUGUGUUCCAGGGAGUCACGGUGCUGGGGCCAGGGCAGAGCCUGAUUCAGUACUAUGAAGGAGAGCUGUGUUACACCGUUCACUGUCUGACACACCGUGACACACACACCGGAUACUACGCCAUGGACGUGUCCGCUGUCAACUGCUCUCGGAAGUGUGGCCCGCACCAGCUUUACGUAGCAUCAUCAGAUCCUCAGGUGUGCUGUGGCUCCUGUAAGAACGUCUCCUGUUCCUUCAACAUCCACAACAGAACCAUUGAGGUCUUCACUGCGGGGAGCUCCUGGGUGGAUAACUGUACACGGUACGACUGUGUGGAGACGGCAGGGGGAACCGUGGUGCUGGCCUCAGGGGUGGUCUGCCCCCCCUUCAACGACACAGAGUGCACUCAGAAUGGGGGCGUGGUCCAGAGCUAUGUGGACGGCUGUUGCAGAACGUGUAAGGAGGACGGUAAGACGUGUAAGCGUGUAGCAAUCCGAACCACCAUCAGAAAAGACGACUGCAGGAGCAACGCACCGUUGACAGUGUAUUCGUGUGAUGGGAAGUGUCCGUCUGCCACCAUCUUUAACUUCAACAUCAACAGCCACGCCCGCUUCUGUAAGUGCUGCAGAGAGAGUGGACUACAAACCCGCUCCGUCACCCUCUACUGCUCACGCAAUGCUACUCUGGUGGACUACAGCUUCCAGGAACCUUUAGACUGCUCCUGCCUAUGGAACUAAAMAGAUCUACUGUAAUCCAGGGCUAGGCAACUAGAUUCAGUCGCAGGAUAAUUUUUAUCGGAGAGGAUGGUCGGGGGCAUGGAAAAUAAUUAUAAUAAUUUGUACACUGUACACAGGUACCUACACACUGAAGAAGGCUGUAAAGACGAAACAUCUGUGUACGCUAUCCCUGGUGCAGUAAAAACAUGUAACACAUUGAAUAAUGAAGUAAGCUUUAUGCAACAUAUUUUUGAGUGUGAACCCAUUACACCUCUUUGUUUGUCUGAAUUCAUAGGUUUUAUGCACCAGCCAAGCUUCUGGGAGAGCGUGAUGGUUCUCUUUUGAUUAGUUACACUGCAAAUUGACCAGAACUAAGCCAAAAAAUAAAUGGUUUUUGAAAAUAACAAUAAUUUCAUACAUUGAGACACGUUUUUUUUUUUUUGUGGGAAUACUUGGAAACAUUUCCUAAACUAAACUCAUUUUUACAUGAAUUCCUUGUGAUUUUACAGUCUUUUUUAACGUAAAACGAAAUUCUAUCUACCCUGAUCUAGUCGAUGUGAGCUCCAGUAUGGUAAACAGUAGGUUGGACGGAGGAUGGAACAGAGGUUAGAGGUCAGACAGGUCAAGUGUCCAGGUAGGCGAGUUCUUUAGUCUUCCUUCAGUCUGUUGUUGAAGGGUGUAUGCUGGCCUGUUSUAGUGACCCUGUCAUUACAGAUGUGUAGUGGUCAGAUGUGUAGGGCUGUAACCUGUUCCUGCUGUAUUAUGAUAACACUAGUCCUAUCUGUACUGCUGUAGCCUGCUCCUCCUCAUGUGUAACACUAGCUAGUCCUCUCUCGCUUUAUAAUGUUCAGAUCAGUUGGUCCCAGCUGACAGGACUACGCUGAUUUAGUACGUCAGUGAUCUAGUUCUCUCCUGAUGACUGAAAUGUUUAAUAUGCCGCUAAUAUUUGUCGUAGAACAAAAAACAUUCAUUACAAAUGUAAAGCUUUUAUACAAAAGUAUGAAGCAUUGUGCCAGUAAUCAUACAGUAUGUGCUGUGUUGUUUAUUAUGAAGCAUUGUGCCAGUAAUCAUACAGUAUGUGCUGUGUUGUUUAUUAUGAAGCAUUGUGCCAGUAAUCAUAUAGUAUGUGCUGUUGCCAUCACACAGAUGUUACCAGUCAGAAUAGAACAAUAAAACAC